UGAAAAAGUGAAUCUCGUAUUAAAAAUUGAAGUACCUGUCUGGUAGUAAGUCCCUUAGUAAAUCUGGCAACACUGCUCCUCCUAUCAUUAAACACCAUCAGUGGUUUUUUGUCUCCGUGCGUGUGUUGGUAUCUAUGAAUAUGAAGGAAUCUUUUGCGAUCCUUGGCGAUGAUAAUAUGCGCGGAACUUGCCGCUCGCAGCAAGCGAUGGUACUAACGUAGUAUACGUAUAUAUGCAGCGCUACAUACUAGCCUGCCACAGUAGCUAGAGUGGCCGCCGUUGCUGGUGCUGGCACUGGCCAAUUCUGCGUUAAUCAGUCCUGGCCAGCGUUGGCCACGCCAGUGUCGUCACUACCUCGGCCAUGCAGCCCUGCACGGCACUGCGGGCGUGGGUGGCAGGGCUGUGGGCGUGCGUGGCAGUCGCACUGCUGCUGGCUGCUACCGCCGCCGCUGAGGGCGUGGAGGACGCCGCGCUGUGGAGGGGCGUCUCGGUGGAGCCGUCGUGGCUCAAAACAACCGUCAUCCAGACGCCGCGUGAUCUGAGCCUCAUCCCCUGCGGCGCGGCGUGCAUGAGGCAAGACUGGUGCCGUCUGUGGUGCCACGAGGCGCCCCGCGGGUGCCUGCUCACCUCCCUCACCGCCUCACCCUCCUACACGCCCGCAGAGCCGGUCGGCACCCUCUCCUGCUACACCAGCCGCCCGCCGGACCUCGCCGUGGGCGCAGCCAUCACCUCCUCGCCGCGCUAUAGUCUACUAGUUAAGCCAAAGGAAAACUUAGUGGAUGGCAUCUACAGCAGCGAAAUUUUGGAUUGUUCAUAUGUGACCCCAGGCAACGGAGCGACCGCCUGGUUCCUGCUCGACUUUAGGGCCGCUGUUCCCGUGUCUGAGGUGGUGAUGGUGGCUCAGCCCAACGACAAUGCCCCACAAAACUUCAGAGACGUCGAGGUGAGGGUCGGCGACGUGCAGAUGCCAGGAAACUUCACGACGUACCAGCUGCUGGGGACCUUCCCGGGCCCUGCCCAGCCGGAGCAGACCAUCGUGCUGCGCCCCGCCGCAUCCAUCAAAGGCCGCUACGUCUCCAUACAGCGGACCACGGACGGCAACCUUCAGAUCGCCCACCUCGAGAUACGCUGAGUCUAGGCCGCGAGAAUACACGUUCACCUUUCAUGGCGCGAGGCACAGCUUGCUCAAACCAAGAUACAUGACAGCGUCGUGAGAAAGGUGUCCCGCCGCCGGGCAAACGUCUUUGUUUUCUUAUACGUGUUUUACCCUGGGCCGUGUGUACUGCUGAACCGGCAAGAUGUGUGGCUUUUGUUUGUUUGGCAUAUCUGUAUUGCCUUUAGUAUUUUCACGUACUAUCGCUUUUUCCGUCUCACCUUAAUUAGGUAAGUUAGUUAAUAGACUGCUAAAGCUUGCUCCCCUGUCAUUCCCCUCUGCUUUCUGUGUUCUCAAGUGACGGCGAGUCUAGAGUUUAUACAUCACAUCAUUUACUGCAAAGGAUGCCGGCCAAGAGCGGGGCAUAAUGGAGAAAAAAGUCGCCUA